AUGGGCCUUUUCGACCUAGCAAUGUUUGAUGAGUUGCGGAGGAUGAACAUCCGCCAACUGAUCUACCAAGGACUGAACUUCGCUAUGGUGGUAUCGUCAGCUCUGAUGAUUUGGAAAGGUUUGAUGGUCAUCACUGGAUCGGAAAGCCCCAUCGUUGUAGUUCUGUCAGGCUCCAUGGAGCCCGCCUUCUUCCGUGGUGAUCUUCUUCUUCUGACCAAUGAUCAUUCUGACCCAAUUCGAGCUGGAGAUAUAACCGUUUUCAAAAUUGAUGGUCGAGACAUACCAAUUGUACAUAGAGUAAUAAAGGUUCAUGAAAAAACACCGCUGGACACUAAAUUUCUUACAAAAGGAGACAACAACCAGGUUGAUGAUCGCGGUCUUUAUGCACCCGGGCAGAUGUGGCUGCAUCGUGACGAUGUAGUUGGUCGAACGAAGGGCAUGCUUCCAUACGUUGGCAUGGUAACCAUUUUAAUGAACGACUAUCCAAAGUUAAAAUACGCUGUGUUGGGUCUUCUUGGAUUAUUUGUUAUUAUUCAUCGUGAGCAGUAG